CAGAAAUCCGGAAAAGGCAAAUAUUGUCAUGCCUCGAGGCCCCGGGAGACUUCGGAGGCAAUAGAAUGUCAUAGACUCUGAGCUCCUUCUGCCGUUGAACGUCAAGCUUCUCCACUUCUCGUGCUAGUCUACCCAGACGACCAUUGUAUUUGUACUGCUCUUGACGUUCCAGACACUCUUCAAGUAUGGCCACCAACCUCUACGAAACACUUGGCUUGAGCAGAGAUGCUACUCCAGACCAGAUUCGCAAGGCUUAUAGGAAGAAAGCCUUAGAAACUCAUCCUGACCGCUUGCCUCAAGGCGCUACUCCAGCGCAGAAAUCUGCAUCAGAGGAAAUGUUCCGUAAGGUUAACAACGCUUAUGAAGUCCUCAGCGACCCAGAAAACCGCAAGACCUAUGACCAGUACGGAGUAUGGCCUCCUCCGACUGCCCAGGAGAGUUACACUCAGGGCAACUGGCAACGUCCUACUAGACAACCCUUCCAAGAUCCAUUUUUUCAAGACCCCUUUUCCCAACAUCCAUUUUUCGGUCGCAAUCAUCAAGCAGACCCAUUCUUCCCAUCUUCACGUCAUCCUCACUUUCAGGACUUCACAGACCCUUUCAUACUCUUCAAUCGGAUGUUUGGAGAUCUCCACCAAGCAUUUUCAAGGGAUCCAUUCGGUAAUCCAUUCAGCCAUUGGGAUGAUGGUUUUGGUCGAGGGUUCAUGUCUCCAAUGUCCAUGUCUCCCAUCACGAGUUCACCAUUUGGAUUCCUCACCGGGGGAAACGUAAAUGUAUACAGCUCUUCUUCCCGUGGGGCACACGCUGGUGGCUCGAAUGGCUCUAGAUGGGUUUCUGAGAGCUACACAACCUCUACUGUGAACGGCGUUACUCACACCAAAGCUGUUCGUAGAGAUUCACAUGGCAACGAGCAUGUCACCUACUCAUUCCCGGAUGGUACUGAGCGCCGCCUGAUCAAUGGAACCGAGCAACCCUCGAACUCUCCCCCUCUCCCAUCUCAUCAUAACAAUCGUGCCAUCGCUGCACCGCCGCCAAGUCAAGGCCCUCCACCAUAUGAAGCUCAUGUCCCACCGCCAGCUGCAGGAUCUACGCGCUCAUUACGGAACGCUCAUUCCAGGUCCCGGAACUACCCACAGGCGCCUUACGCAUCGCAGUAUGCGGAUCCGAAUUCGCCUGGACAUCGUCAGAAGAACAAGAGCCGCGAUAGCGUUGACGAUGCGCGGGGUGGGUCUGCGUGGAACUCCUGGAAGUGAGUUACGAUCAAGAUGAUGGAAUUAUCUUUUAUUCCAUACCUGACCACUCAUUCUGAUUGCUUAUGGUUCUGUUUACUCCUGCGAUAUAUUUGUUAUUUGUAUGUUUUCAUUUUGUACCUUCAUCCACUGUAUGUUGUGUUCCAUUUUCUUACCUCCCUAUGGAGAACUCGGCCGUGUCUUACUGAUGUAAUAGGCCUGCUGACAAUGGAGGAACUAACUAUCUCAACAAAAUUUUCCAAAUUUCAUUAAUCAUUACAUAUCUGCGCCGUGAUAAACCAAUACUUCAAUCUCACUGCUCACAAC